AUGGCAGUGAACGUUGGCGUCGUUAAUUACUCACAAAAUGCAAAAGAGGAAGAAAGCAGCAGCGAGGACGAAGACAAAAGAGGUAAGAGCAGGCAUAAAAAAGUAGGAGACAGAAAGAAACCGAAGCGAACUCCGGUUGAAAAAAUAUUUAGAGUAUUUUACAGGUUAGACGAACAGAACUAUCCCACCCUGUGGACAACCCAGUCUUACAUCCAUAUAGUCGAAGCAUUCGUACACCUGGUAGCGGCAUGUUUUCUCGUUGUUUUGUACCUCUUUUCUGCCAAGUACGUCAGUCUGUAUGAAGGGUACAGUGGGGCCUAUCAGGAUAUUUUAAUGAUGGCCCUCUCCGCUUCAGGCACUCCAAUCUCCCUACUGAGUGGCCUCCUCGUUUGUUACUCCAUAACUCAGAAGAGGUUGGGCCGAUGUAGGUUCAACAUCUUCUUCGCGACAGGAUCCUCUGCCGUGCUAGCUUUGUCUUCUCUCAUACUUACUGCUGUUAGUCUCGGGUCGUUCCUUACUGCUGCCAACAUUUUUAAGGCUGGGUUUUAUCAGAACAUGAAAAAGUUCCACGCAGAUCGGUCGGUUAAAGAAAGCAUUGUACAAUUGCAGGAGAGUUUUGAAUGUUGCGGCAACACGAACUAUACAGAUUGGUUCACGAUUGGUUGGUCGCCUUCCAUCACCGCUUCCAAGGUCGGACUGCCACUGAGCUGCUGUAAGAGGCAGGGUACCAAUCCCUGCUUUGAAUUCGUUGAAUUGGAGGAGUUGAAUUCAUUGACGCCAUACCACGAGGGUUGCAACGGGAAGGUGCAGACGCAGUACGUAACGUACACGCUGAUAUCUGGCUCACUGUUUGCACUUUCGUUCAUCAUCGAUAUCCUAUCCACCGGCCUCUCAUACACAAACUCAAAAUCUGCUCUCUCUCAUGAGAACUUAAUUUUUGAAGAUCGCAUGAAAAUCAUCCCGCAAAAGCUCAGAGCCAACAGGUUGAUGAGAGCCAAACGAAAUAAAAUAAUGAGGAGUUAA